UGAGAGUGAAGAGUUUAAUGCUGGUGCGGCUUUUGUAUACAACACGAGGAUUUACCAUAAACUUUCUUAUUCGGUUUUUUAGUGUGCACGGUGUGUAUGAAGAUCUUUAAAUCAGAAUUAAAAUGAAGGUCACGUUCCUGUUGAUGUGCUCUUGUGGAUUGGUGCUUCUUUCAGCAAAAAAGGUUUGGUCUGGCGCCGUAAACGCACCUCUCGAUUUAAUUACGUUUGACGACCUAUCGCCCGGCGAUAGAAAGCAAUUAGAAUAUCUGAACGGACGUGAAAAACGGUCCGGCAGCUCGGACAUACUGACGUCAAUUAAAAAUGCGAUCGGACAGGGAAUUAAAAAGAAAAUCGGUCAGAUUGCCAAAAGCUCAGCAGGCGCGUCUGCACACUUUAGCAGCAGCAGCAGCGGAAGCGGUGGCCAUGAUCACGGGCAUGGAGGACACGAUUACCAUGUACCAGAGACUUAUGACCACAAAUCGUUCGAUUUUUGGUCGCUUAAAAAAUCGAUUUUAAACACUUUGCUACAAGCAGUAAAAGCAAUCAAGGGCGGUGUGAUAGCCAUUAAGGGUCAACUGAUAAAAGGAAGCGGUUACCUAAUAUCUGCGAAGGGUAAACUCAUUAGCACCAAAGGUGAAUCCAUCACGAAUCUCGGCAAGAAUAUCGCCUCGUCAGCCAUCUUAAUACCGCAUCCUUCUACAACUGGACAUGCUGGACACACUGGGCAUUCUGGACAAGGAUACGCUGAAUAUGGACACCCAUAUCCACCCAGUGGUCAUCAUGAUUACCAUGGAUCUCCAUCAGCUCCUGAAGCUGAUUACGAAGCACCAAAUAGCUACCAAUCAUCACAACAAGAAGACCAUCAUCACGGACAUUCAGGACAUUCUGGACUUCUAGUACUUAAGAAAAUACCCCAUGACGGUAGAGAGUUUAGCGCAUCACACGAUUUACCUGUCAAAGUACCCAGUUUUAAACCUAUAGAAACCGCAGGUCCUAGUUUCGCCACAAUUUUCGGCAAAUUCUUUAAGGCUUCCACAUCCUUGGACCCACACCAACCUGUUGGUUUUGGAGACAGUGCUCCUGCGGCUACCAUAGAGACCGAAUCUCAUGUUUACCACGAUUCUGAACCAGUUCAGCCUACUGGCGCAGGUGUUAAGAUACCUUCAACCAAUUAUGGUACUCCUUUUGAAGAAGAACCCCAUUUUCUUAACGAAUAUUCAGCGGCCUCCCAAAAACGUCCUGUAGUGGUAAAACAUCCUAAUUCUUUGAUUACUAAUCCUACUUUCCCAAGUAAGCAACAAAGCAAACCCUUGGAAGAUUUAAAAGGUCCCCAUCCAACAGCUAGUGCUUUGAAAAUUAAUAAUUAUUUGGGCAAUUUAAAACAACUAAAUGUUCCUCCAUCAACAGGAGCAUCUCAACAAAACUUUUACACUCUUAAUAUGGAUACUUUUCCACCAUUUCCUGAAGAGCUAACACCAGAAUUGCUGGAAAUGUAUAAUAAACCCAAUGAACCUGCUCCUGUUAGGCCUUCUGUAAAUAGUUUUCUUCCAACUCCGCUGGGCAAUGACAAUCUUCCUACUGCUUCGACGUUAUUUAGACAAAAAAGACCAACACAUAAUUUAACAAAACCCACCGUACUUACACAACAACCUUUUGAUGUAGUUAGAUCAAUUUCUUUUGAACUUGGACCUAAUGGACCUAAACGACUGACUCGUCGCCAAACAUGACGUACUACACCGAGGAACCUACACGUACUACGAUCACCAGUAUGAUCCAUUUUACUGAAGUUAAAAAAUAUUAAAGUGAUGUUGUAAAUAUUUAUUUUUUUACCUUCUUGUAAAUAGCAUGUAGUUUAAUUAUAGAUAAGCCAUAAUGCUUAAUUAAUUUUAGGUUAUCAAAG